AAACACAGUCUUGGAUGAUAUAGGUUAGGUGUAGUCUCUCUUACUUCACUUUGUUUAGUAUUGGAGUUGAUGUUAGCCUAUAUUCAUAUUGUGAUUUGUGAUUGUGAUUGCUAGUGAAGUUGUGUGGUUGUUUUUCUAAAGCUCGUAAUAACUAGUAAACUUUAUUUCCACAUACCUCUACUGAAUUAAAUUUAAAGGAUUGGGAAUCUGACAGAAGCCUGACAAAAAAGAAGAUUGAGAUAUUUUUAUUUUUGUCAAUCACAUGAAAAUGACAUGAAAAUUAAUAGUAAUAAAAAUGAAAUGUCUAUAAAGAAUAAGAAUAAAGAAUUAAAUUUUAAUUCAGUGAGUGAACCAAAUCGUGGUGAUGGCAUUAUAAGUAAGAAGAAGAAACAUUUAAUAGAAAAGAAUAAAGGUUAUAAGAAGUCUUUAAAAAAACAAAAAGGAAAUUACUUUGAAAUCUUGAAAAGUGAUUCUGUCAAAGAAUUCAGUUGUAAAAAGAAAAAAAGAUCUUUUUUAAACCAUAUAGAAGAAGAAUCAAACAACUUACCCAUGGAACAAGAGAUAACUGAAACAGAUUGUUCCAACAAAGUCUGUAAUAAAAAGAAAAGCGUAAAUCCAAAUGAAGACAUGACAUUGGUAGAGUCAAAUAAAGUUGAGCAAGAACGAUCAUUUAAGAAAGGAAAGUUUAGGUCUAGCAAUGUUCAGUCUCAUACAGAUGUUUGUGAGCUUAAUAUAAAUGACAACAAAGAGAGCAAAAAGUCUAAUAAAUUAAAAACAAAAGAGGCUUCAUUAAAAUACCACCAUACAAAAUUGAAUAAAUUCCAGCAAAAUAAUGAGAUAUCAGAUGAGUCCACAACACUUGAAAAGUGUAAGGAAAAUACAUUGAUGCCAAAUAAAAACAAACAUGAAUCUACUGAAGAUGAAUAUAGGCCUGGAAUGUUAUCAGAAAUGUUGCAGAAGAAGAAAUUUGGACAUUUAAUUAUACCUUGGGAUCCUAGUUUUGGAAUGGAUACAAGUUAUGUAAUUCCUAAAAGUGACGAAGGAGAUAAUACAAACACCCCAGAACUAAAAAUUAACCCACUGUUUGAUUUGUCUAAAAGAAGAAAUGAAUGUUCAGCAGAAGAGAGCACAGGACAUACUCAAAGUAUUUUUGUGGGAAACCUACCUACUGAUAUAACAAUUGGAACCAUCAAGAAACUGUUUAGAAAAUUUGGAUUGGUUCUUAAAGUCAAAUUGAGAUCUCAGGGUUCGGAUAAAGAGAGAACUGGAAUGAAUGCAUCAGUCAAAUUCAGCACACUUGAGAGUUGUAAAGCUGCACUUGAAUUGAAUGGAAAAUUGUAUAAAGGUCACCACUUGAGGGUCUCCCUGUCUAAUGAGAAAGUCAACUCCAACAAGGAAAAUGGUGUAUUUGUAGGAAAUUUGGCUUUUAAGGCAAAAGAUGAUGAUCUGUGGAAUGCAUUUCAAGAUUGUGGAGAAAUUGAAAGUGUUCGAAUUAUAAGGGACGUUAGAAGUGGAAUUGGCAAAGGCUAUGGAUACGUUAAUUUUAAGUUUACAGAUUCUGUAGACCGUGCUUUGAGUCUGCAUGGGUCCUUGCUGCUGAACAGGAACUUGCGAGUCAGCAAAAUUAGUAGCAAUACGAGGAGCAUUUCAGAUUUGGACAAAGUCAAGAGGAGGAAGAAGAAGCUGGCUUCAGGCAGUAAAGCUCGAAGUAGAAAAUAUAAAGAUCAAUCAAAGAGUGAUGGAGAAAAGAACUCUCAGCAGUCCGAAACUGAAGAGAUUGUUGUAAAAAAAGUGAAAAAGAAGACUGUUGAAAGAUGACCACUGAAUGUAUUUGGAAAAUACAGAUUGUUAUAUUGUGUAAAUAUUUUGUCAUUAUGUUUUUGUUAGAAACAUUUUCACGAAGUUAUUAAUUUCAUUGGAAACUGUUCAUGUUGAAACUCUAUUGAAUAAAAUAAUUAAACACACUGA